CUUCGUUUGAGUUCAAGUUGUAGAUCAAAAUUAUCCCUCCUGAAUUGCAUUGUGAAAAUGGAAACCCCGGUGAAGUACAUGUGCGUUCUCGUGUUUCUAAUGAGUAUGACCAUUGCAGGGCUCAAUGGAGUCGAGGGAACUGCUAAUUAUUAUGGUCCAUGUGGGAAACAUGACAUCCAGAAGGAGGCUGAGAAGUUGGAACCGUGUACAUACGCAGCACAGCAUUGGAGAGUUCCGGUUUCCGAGCGUUGCUGCACCUUGAUGGAGAAAAAGGUGAAGAAUCCAGCCUGCCUGUGCGCUGUUCUGUAUUCUCAAACAGCAUACAAUGCGGGCGUGAGGCCGGAAAUCGCCGUGACCAUUCCAAAACGCUGCAACAUAGCUGAUCGCCCUGUUGGUUACCAUUGUGGAGAUUUCACUCUGCCUUAACUCUGAAGACUCCCCAUUACGUAGUAUCAGCAUGCU